UCAUUUUCUCAUAAAGCCCCUCCCCUUCUGAUAAUCUACAAAAUGAGCACUCAAACUGAAAUAUUUCAUUCACCUCCUGAUCAAAGAUGGAUCUACAAAUCUCAGCUUUUCUUCUGUUCGUUCUUUUCACUGCAGGACACUCUCUCAGCUGCUAUCAGUGCAGGAAUGAGACGAGUUCUUGUGUGGAUCCUGAGAUGAAAACAUGUCCCAGUGGAUAUUCCAAGUGCAUGAAUGUAACAACAGUAUUGGAUUUUGGUGCAACUAAAGUGAAUGGUAGAUAUUGUGCUGGUAACUGUACAAGUGGGUCCUUGAACUUUGGGUUUGCACAGGCGUCUUAUUCCUGCUGUGAAACUGAUCUUUGUAACGUCCCAGAUGCUCCAGGUGCCAGCACUAACACUCCCAAUGGAAAGAAAUGUUACUAUUGUGUUGGACAGAACUGUUCAAACACAGUGAACUGUUCAGGGAGUGAAGACCACUGCAUUUCAAUGGCAGUGAAUUCCAAUGAAACACCGCUUCUAAAAGGCUGUGUCUCUAAAUCUGUUUGUGAUUAUGCCACAGUAUCAUUUAGUAGUGUUUAUGGCAUCUCAUGUUGUGAGGUGAACUUGUGUAAUGACGCUUAUAAUGUCACCCAGAACAUCAACAUCACCCAGAGCAUCAUCCAGAACAAUAUACAUAACAUCAUCCAAAACAUCAUCCAGAACGUCAUCCAGAACGUCUCUCAAAACGUCACUCAUAGUGUCACCCAGAGCGUCACUCAGAGCGGCAUUCAAAACGUCACUCAAAAUGUAACUCAGAGCACCACUCAGAGCGCCACUCAGAGCACCACUCAAAAUGUAACUCAGAGCACCACUCAGAGCACCACCCAGAGCACCACUCAGAGCACCACUCAAAAUGUAACUCAGAGCACCACCCAGAGCACCACUCAAAAUGUAACUCAGAGCGCCACUCAGAGCGCCACCCAGAGCACCACUCAAAAUGUAACUCAGAGCACCACUCAGAGCGUCACCCAGAAAGUCCCCCAGAGUACUAACAGUGCUAAGAGUAUCACACAGAGCUUCAUGUUAUUAUUGAUUGUCUACUUAAUUAAGUAAACAAUCAAUAAUAGAAUAAGAAGAUGCUAAUUUUGAGCAGUGGGGUAAAUAGAGACUACUAUUAAUAAUAGAUUACUAUUACUAUUACUAUUACUAAAAGAUUACUAUUGUCUGUUGUUGAUUGGUAGACACAUAGGGAUAAAACAGUUUUAAAUGCAUUGUUUGCUUUUGCUAGAUUUGUGUGUGUGUGUGUGUGUGUGUGUGUGAGUGUGUGUGGUUUUGUGUCUAGUGUUAUGGGACAAUUGUAUGGAGCUAAUUUUGUGCCAAUAUUCAUCAAAUCCAGCGUUUUGCAAAUAAACACAAUUUGCUUUGCAAAGAAAAACUCACCUUAUGAGUGAUAUAUAUAUAUAUAUAUAUAUAUAUAUAUAUAUAUAUAUAUGGCAAUUGUCACAUAACUCUAGACACAAAACCACACACUCUUUAACUCACAACUUCUAAUAUUUACGUUAAAGACAUUAAUAAGUAUUCAGUGUGACAAUUGUCCUGAGAUGACUUACAUGAUAAACAUGUUUGCUUUCUUAGUCAGUGAUACCCACACAACAGACAGACUUCUCAUAUAUAGACCAAACAUAUAGUAUGUAAUAUUGACAGCUAGAGAUUUAAAUGGGCGCUGCAAGUUCAAAAUAUCUCUUUCAAGUGUAGAAAUCAGGAAAUAUAUUGUAAAUUGUAAUUUCCCUACUGUAUUGUAAAGCAAAAUAAUAUACCUGUGAAAUAUACAUUUUUAUUUGUUUUACAGUGCAGUUGUUUUAGUUUCCAACAUUAUCAGUGAUAAUGUUAAAUCUUUAUUUAUUGUAUGAGCGUGUGAGCCUGUGUGUGGAUAAAACCUUUCAGGGUGUAGUGCGUAAAAACCUCUAUGUUUGAGCAGUAGUUCCUAGAUUAAACAUCACUUUUAAUCAGGUUCACCACAAUUCUAAUCACACUGAAAAAAAAAAAAGAUUUUCUUA